AUGAUAGUCUCAUUCAAUAAAAUUAAAGUGAAUGUCCUACUCUUAACAUGGCUCAUGUCAUGGUUAAGCAUGGGUGUUCACGCACAGGCCACCUCUGGCGUGUGUACAACUGUAUCCGAUAAUAUCGGAACUAGCGUCGGGUUUAAUGCAACCAUAUAUACCUACAAUUCUGCUUCUGUAUCAGGAAGUGAUUUCGAGACCUUCCUUUCUACCAAGAGCAAAUAUACUUCGGGGACAUCUUAUGGCACCAUAUCAGGGCUCACAAAUGUGAAUUUUGAUGUCACACCUAGUAUUCUUACUCUUAACUACGGAAAAAUUUAUGGUACUAAUAUCCUAUUAACCUCUUUUGUCGUUGAAGCCACAGCCUUCUUUAUUCCUCCAACUUCUGGUGUAUACACUUUUGACUUAACUGGUUCAGAUGAUUAUGCUGCCAUUUUGUUCAGUAAUACCACCUCUUUCCAAUGUUGUGGUUCAAGUUAUGAUGCUACUUUCUCCAUUAACGUGGCUGCCUAUGGGAGUUAUUCUGGUGCCAGUGUGGCAAGUGCAUCAUUCACCUUACAGGCUGGUGUUGCAUAUCCAAUUACCAUUACAUAUGCGAAUACUGCAGGGACUGCUGUAUUGAAUGCAGCAUUUGUCGAUCCAUCCGGUACAACUCACACAGAUUGGUCUGGUUAUCUUGCUGGCGCCAAUACUUUACAACAAGCUUGUGCAAACCAUGUCACUACAACUACAAGUGGUCUAUGGACAGGACAUACAACCGUGACCUCUACAAGUUCUACUUUGGUUACAGGUGCUAAUGGAUAUCCAACGCUUAGUGUUAUCAUUAUCAUCGAUGCUCCAUCUCCAUACUCAUUACCAUCUCCCUAUGUCUCCACUGUUGUCAACGGAGGUUCAACAGUAUCUGAAUUGAUUUCAUUUUAUUCCACAAAAAUUAGUGACUGGCCUGCAACGGCUACCGUAAUAUCCACUAUUCCCCCAUUCUCAUUACCAUCUCCAUAUUUAACUACGGUCACUAAGGAUGGGUCAACAAUCUCAGAGGUUAUUGAAUAUUUCACAUCAACCUCUAAUGGGAUGUUGGUCACUGGUACUGACACAGCUGUCAUCCCACCACCUUUCUCGUUCCCAAGUAUCACUUCUAUGGCAACUACAGUGGAACCUAUCCUACCAUCUGCAGGGUGUGUUCCACCACCUGAUCCUCCAACAACUAGUGGGUUCGACGUGAGAUUAUUUGCUUAUGCAGAUUUCUUCUUUGGUCUCUUUGAGGAUUUCCAAUACUUUUUAACCGCUGAGUAUGUGGAAUAUCCAUUGUAUGGUACUACCUCAGGUAUUACCACAGUGAGUUACUCUCAUUCAACCUUCUUGGGUAUUCCAACAUGGGUCAGAUUAUAUGGUGUUACCAUUUUGAUUACUGAUUUCGUUGCAGAAUUUAAAGCUUAUUUCAUCCCACCAGUGUCUGGUUCUUAUACUUUCCAAGCUACUGAUAGUGAUGAUUACCUUGCCUUUUUGUUCAGUGACACACAUGUGUAUAAUUGUUGUCCUGGUAAGGCCAAUUAUGCUCCAUACGCUGAUACAUUAGGUUUCUUCCAAUCAUAUUCCCAUUUUGGUGCUGGCACUGAUAGUGUUACUUAUUUGUUACAAAAGGGACAAGCAUAUCCAAUCCAAAUCAAUUAUUUGAAUCGUUUAGGUACUGCUAAUUAUGAUGUUUCGUUUAUUGAUCCUGAUGGAGUAACACAUACUGAUUUCACUGGUUACUUGGCUAAUGAAGCUGCCCUUGCCGCAAGCUGUCCACAACAACUUACAACCGUCACAUACACGGUUCCAUACGGUGGGUCACAAACUAUUACACAAACUGUGCUAACAACAGAAUUGACUGGUCCUAAUGGUAAGGGAACUGCAGAGAUUGUUGUCCUGGUCGAGACCCCAGCCGGAAGUUCCUCAUGGUCAUCGUGGUCAUUUGUUCCACCUACUUAUUCACCACUUCCAAGUUCAAGUUCAACCAUAACGAUGUCCUCUUCAAGUUCUAUCUUGACAAUCCCAAGUUCAAGUUCAGCAAUCAGCGAAUCUUCAUCUUAUCCCACAUCAUCUUCUUCAGACGAGUCUUCGAGCUCAUUCUUUAAUUCUACUUCGAGUUCUGUCGUUAUUUCUACAUCAAGCUCCGCCUCUGUCUCCAAUUCAGGUUCUACUUCCACUUUAGCACCAACUUCUAGUUCAGCAUCAAGUUCAGCAUCUAGUUCAGCAUCAAGUUCAGCAUCUAGUUCAGCUUCUAGUUCAGCUUCAACCACAAUUUCCAGUACUACUUCCACUUUGCAACCAAACUCUACCUCUGGCGUGCCACCUCCAUUCACCACCGUGAUUGUAUCUGGUACCUCGUCCAAGACUGACGUUGUUUCUUUCUUCACCACUACCGACUCUUCUGGUAAGCCAACCACUGUUGCCACCACCUACCCAGUUGCUGCUUCAACGUAUUCCACAAUGCUUACAACAUCGAUGGGGUCCAGAUCAACCACACGUCAUUUAUCAACCGCAGCAACUGAAGUAACUUCAGCAAGCUACUCAACCUCUAGUAUUAAGAGUUCUGUCGGUAGUUCGAUUUCGAAGAACGUAUCAUCAAGACAAAUCCCAACAUCAUCAUCAGGCUACUGGAGCAAUGGUCCAAAGGUUGUUACAAAGACAAUGUUCAAUUCGUACACAUUUAGUACAACAGAAUAUAUAUACAAACCAUGGAGUGGUACAAGUAAUGUUAGUUACAGUACUACGGUUAAAACUCUGUACGGACGUCAUGAGUCAUUCGCAGAUGUUUCUAUUUCUAUUUAA